UACCAUGGACCACAUUAAUUUCCCUAUAUAAGGACACCCUUUCGGAGCCCCCAUCAACAAACAAACACUUCUUCAAGGAGUUCUAACUUUUCAACAAUAUAUUCAACACACACAUAUUAGUGUAUCAUCACACAAUCUCCACACUACAAAGUAGAACAAAGAAAAAGAGAAUACAAAAAUGAGUAGUAGUGAUUCAAAUAUGAAAGGCUCAAAGAAGAAGGUAUCAUGCAAAAAGCUUGGAGGGUAUCUCAAAGAGCAAAAAGGAAGAUUAUACAUAAUUAGAAGAUGUGUUGUUAUGCUUCUAUGUUGGCAUGACUAAAUCAAUUUUCUUAGCAAAUCAUGGAUUAGCAAAUGCACUACUCAAGGAUGAUCCUCUUGAAGCUGAAGUCUUAAGGAUUGAUAUAUCUAGAUUUCUAGCUAGUUUAAUUAAGUAUAUGCUGAAGAGAAUUUUAAGGGCUAUGCAUUUUGCUCUUUUUCUUUCCCUUAUGUAAAUACCAUAGAAAGAAAUGUUUGAGACAAUUUUCCUUCA